AUGGAGAUUGCCAGGAAACUAGGCAUCGACCACAAAACAGUUUUAAAUCAUUCAUACAAAGCUGGAUACAAAAAGAAACUCAAUGUUUGGGUUCCUUACGAGUUGAGUGUUAAAAACAUGAUGGACCGAAUUAACAUUUGCGAUACGCUACUGAAACGGAAUGAAAUUGAGCCAUUUCUGAAGAGAAUGAUGACUAGUGAUGAAAAAUGGAUCACAUACGAUAAUCAUACGAAACUCUACAAAGAUCGAAAGAGAAAAGGCACAAAUAAUCGCAAAACUUGGAUUGACGACGAAGAAGGUGAUAUUGUGUGGUGGGAUUGGAAGGGAAUCGUUCACUAUGAGCUUAUUGCCCGAUUAAACAAUUAA